CAGACUAUGAGCAAACUGAGGGGGCUGCUCCUGCUGAAUUGUGCUGAGUACAGAAUUAUUAAAGAAGAAGAAUUAAAGGAUAAGUUGACCUUUUCAAACUUACGAUGUCAGUCGACAACAUCAGAUCAUCCCAAGGCUGGAACUCUGAAGUGAAAAAAAAAAAAAGAGAGUGUUGCAGGAGGUGAUUAAGAGUCCAAUAGACGCCGGUACCAAGAAGCAGAAGAUGGAGAACAUUAUGAGCAGCCAGUACGAGGAGAAGAUCCGCCCGUGCAUUGACCUCAUCGACUCUCUCAGAGCACUGGGGGUGGACAAGGACCUGGGCCUCCCAUCUAUUGCGGUCAUUGGGGACCAGAGUUCUGGGAAAAGCUCAGUCCUGGAGGCGCUGUCUGGAGUGACCCUUCCUAGGGGCAGUGGCAUUGUUACGCGGUGCCCACUGGAACUGAAGCUUAAAAAAGCAACAAAGUCGACAACCUGGAGUGGAAAGAUUUCCUACCGUGACCAUGAACUGACCAUUGCAAGUGCCGCAGAGGUGGAAAAUCAAGUAAAACAAGCUCAGAACCUUAUGGCCGGUAACGGCAAAGGAAUCAGUGAUGAACUGAUAUCGCUAGAAGUGAUAUCUCCAGACGUUCCGGACUUAACGUUGAUUGAUCUGCCUGGAAUCACUAGAGUUGCACUGCCCGAUCAGCCCAAAGAUAUUGGACAGCAGAUCAAGAAAAUGAUCAGAAAAUACAUCCAGAGGCAGGAGACCAUUAAUCUGGUUGUGGUUCCCAGUAAUGUGGAUAUAGCAACAACUGAGGCCCUGGAAAUGGCCCGGGAGGUGGAUCCUAAUGGGGAAAGGACUUUAGGGAUUUUAACAAAGCCAGACUUGGUUGACAGAGGAGCAGAGUCAGAUGUUGUCAGCGUUGUUCGAAAUCUUGUUUACUCCCUCCAAAAAGGCUACAUGAUUGUGAAAUGCCGCGGGCAGCUGGAGAUACAGGAGAAUCUUUCGCUGAAGGAAGCUUUGGAUAAUGAACAGAAUUUCUUUAAAGAGCACGAACACUUCAGCGUUCUUCUGGAGGAAGGGAAUGCUACAAUUGCUUGCUUGGCAGAGAAGCUCACCAACGAGCUUGUAGAUCAUAUUGUUAAAACUCUGCCAGCACUGGAUACCCAAAUCAGAAAAAAACUCAAUGAAGCGGAGGAAAAACUGAGAAACCUGGGCACCAGCGUCCCUGACUCGGAAACAGAGAAGCUGAGGUUUCUUAUAGAUAAAAUCACAAGGUUUGCAGGUGCAAUCAUAAAUGCAACUCAAGGAGACGAAGAGAUGACUAAUGGUUCAUUGAAACUGUUCACUGUGAUCCGAAAACAUUUCUACUUCUGGGAAUCUUUUAUCCAGAAACAAUCCAAGAGUUUUCAAGACAAAUCAAAGGAUGACAUUUCCGAGUUUGAGAAUAAAUAUCGCGGUCGGGAGCUUCCUGGAUUUAUCAGCUUCAAAGUGUUUGAGAAUAUUGCAAGAGGGCAAAUCCGUUGCCUUGAGGAGCCGGCUAUGGAGAAGCUGAAAGAGGUCACUGAAAUUGUCAAGGCACAUUUCAAUCAGAUUGCAAUGAAGCAUUUUUUGGCAUUUCCCAACCUGUACAGAGGUGCAAAGGUUAGAAUUGAGGAUAUCUGCCAUAAACAAGUGUGGGAGGCCGAAAGAACAAUUCGAACUCAGUUUAAAAUGGAAAAAAUUAUUUAUUGCCAAGACAGACUCUACAGCGGACGACUCAACGAAGUCCGAAGUGCAGAUGCAAAACCAACAAAUCCUAUCUUUCAUUCCAUCCAAACACCUGCACCCACCCCAAUGCAGAUCUCAUGUGAUGAAAUGCACUAUCAUGUACAGGCCUACUUUAAGAGUUUAAAAGAGCGUUUAUCCAACCAAAUUCCGAUGAUCAUCCAAUAUUACAUUCUCCACGAAUUUUCAGAGAAGUUACAGAAUCAAAUGAUGCAACUGAUCCAAGAAAGGGAGAAACUGAACACACUCCUUGCUGAGAAAACUGAUAUCACCCGAGUGAGGGACAAUCUCAGCAACCGGAUCGAGCGGCUUACUGCUGCCAGUCAUAAGCUGGCUAAAUUUCACUGUUAAAUGCUGUCUUUUGAUGCCUGAUAAAUGUAUUCUCCACUAAAUUAUUUAUAUAUAUAUAUAUAUAAAUAUAAAUGUUGCUUAGUGAUGUCAUCAGUUAUAAUCAGUGCCAAGUGAUGUAAUAACUGUUACAUCACUCACUGAAAUAUAUUUCUAAAUAUGAUGACAGUAGAAGUUAUAGUCCUAGGACUCCUGUGUGAGUUAUAAUAUCCCUAUAUUUUACAGCAGGAAUUCUGUUUAUUAAUAAAAUGUGUGUGUGUUUUUUUGUUGUAAAUUAAUGUCAAUUACUCGACCACAACAUUUUGCACUCCAUUAGUCAUACCUAGAAGAUGGAUUUUUAUGCCUUCAGUGCUUUAUCUUUAACCCUUUAGUCUCUGGCAGACAACUUUUCCAUCAGUGCUUUGAAUCUUGUAGCCCAUAUUUCAUUAUGAAAUGUUAUAAAUAGAAGUCGUCCAGUUUGAGCCCCAUGUUAAGCAGGGACCUCUUAACCUCUUAUGGUCUGUUAUUAAUAUUGUGUAAUCUGUAGGUUUGAUGUAUACGCUCUUAUUAUACAUCUCUUCAGAAUCUGUAGUAAUAAACAUUGAUAUUAUAUUUAA